AUGCGGCCGCGGUACGCGCGAUCUGGGCUGUACAUCCCGAGGUUUGACACGCUAGGGGAGCUGGCGCGGCCCCUCCACACCCGUCCGGCGUGUGCGGCGGAGGGCACGGCGACCUCCUCGCGUCUCGGGGUUGCCAGUCCGAGGGCUGUGUUGUCAAGUCAAAAGCAGCAGCAGCAGCAGCAGCAGCAGCAGCAGCAGCAGCAGCAGCAGCAGCAGCAGCAGCAGCAGCAGCAGCAGCAGCAGCAGCAAACAUUAGGUGUAUAG